GUGGAUGUGCUCCAGGAUACAUGGAAAUAGACUGCCAAACAGCAUGUCCUAAUGGUUACUAUGGUCCUAACUGUGACGACCAGUGUGGCAACUGUGUGGAUGGUGAUGUUUGCAUCAAGACAAAUGGAACAUGUCCUGGAGGAUGUGCCGCAGGGUGGAUCAACGACAGGUGUAAUCACCGAAAUAUUGCCUUAGGACGAAUUGCCAGACAGAGCAGUACUCUCACUGAAUCCACCGUCCGGACAGGGAAUACAACACACCGUUAUGAGGCCUGGUACGGCGUGGAUGGCAGAGCUACCACCGACGUCCAUAGUAAACCACUGACAUGUACACAUACCAACAGUGGAGACCAAACAUGGACUGUGUACCUGAACAACUCAAACACAGACAAGAUACAACAGAUCAAGCUGUAUCUACGUCAGCACUUUCCGUUCAGAAACAAGGGCAUGAAGAUAUAUGUUGGCGGACAACUGUGCUUCCAGUGGUCACAUACCACCUAUCCGCCUGCUAUAGCCGACGUCGAAUGUCAGCAAGCACUGACAGGAAACAACCUCACCAUACAGACAAGCGAUUAUCUCACGCUGUGCGAGGUGCAGAUAUUUGUUUGUAGUCACGGCUGGUUUGGUGAGGACUGUGACAAACAGUGUCAUUGUUCGCUAAACACAGAGGUAUGUGAAAAGAUCACUGGACAGUGUCUUGGUGGAUGUGCUCCAGGAUACAUGGAAAUAGACUGCCAAACAGCAUGUCCUAAUGGUUACUAUGGUCCUAACUGUGACGACCAGUGUGGCAACUGUGUGGAUGGUGAUGUUUACAUCAAGACAAAUGGAACAUGUCCUGGAGGAUGUGCCGCAGGGUGGAUCAACGACAGGUGUAAUCACCAUUGCCAUACCAACGAAAGUUGAAAAGGGAG